AUGGCGAAGAAGAAGUCCCCCAAGUUCUACCCCGGUGACGACGUGAAGAAGCCGAUCAAGCGCACGGUCGUGCACAACCCGACCAAGCUUCGCGCGUCCAUCGCGCCGGGUCAGAUUUUGAUCCUCCUCGCCGGUCACUUCAAGGGUAAGCGCGUGGUGUUCAUCAAGCAGCUUGCGAGCGGACUGUUGCUCGUUGCCGGCCCGUACGGUGUGAACGGUGUGCCGAUCAAGCGCGUGAACCAACGCUACGUCAUCGCGACGAGCGAGAAGGUUGAUGUGAGCAAGGUCGACGCGGCCAAGUUUGACGACGCGUACUUCAAGAAGCCGGCGAAGGAACGCUUCAACAAGAAGAGCGAGGAAGAAUUCUUCAAGGCUGGCUCCGAGAAGAAGGAACUCCCGGCUUCUUACAUUGAGGACAACAAGAAGGUGGAUGCCGCGCUCUCCGCGGCCAUCUCCGCCACUCCGUACCUCAAGGAAUACAUGUCCACGCUCUUCACGCUCAAGUCCGGUGACAAGCCGCACGAGAUGAAGUUCUAA